AUGAAAAGCUACAACGACCGCUAUGAAGAAAGAGUCCAAGAGGGGAGUCGCAAAGAUGGGACUCAGAAGCCACUCACAGAUCAGGCAAGAACCUCCUCCCAUAACACCAGCAAGACAACCCAUGCAGCAGCACAGCCGUUUCAAUGCCCACACUGUUGGCGGAGCUUCAAGCAUCGCAAUCCACUUGUUAUACAUGAGCGAACCCACACAGGGGAGAAACCCUAUUCAUGUUCAGUCUGUGGGAAAAGUUUCAGCUGCAGAUCAAACCUUUUUAGCCAUCAGAGGGUCCACACAGAGGAAAGGCCGUAUAAAUGUUCCGAUUGUGGGAAAAGUUUUAAAGCUGCUAGAGACCUCAAGGGUCACAGAAAGGUCCACACUGGAGAGAAACCAUAUCCAUGUCCAGAGUGUGGGAAAAGGUUUGGUGAUAAGAGGCAUCUUCUUAGACACGAGAAAACCCACACUGAAGUGAAACCAUUCAAAUGCUCACACUGUGGAAAGGGCUUCAGAUUGCGAGACAGCCUUGUUGUUCAUGAGAGAAUCCACACAGGAGACAAACCUUAUAAAUGCUCAGACUGUGGGAGAAGCUUCAGUUGCUGGUCAAACUUCAGCAGGCACGAGAAAAUCCAUGGAGGAGAGAAACUGUAUAAGUGUUCAGAUUGUGGGAAAAGCUGGAGGAAUAAGGCAGGCCUUACACUGCAUGAGAGAAUUCACACUGGCGAGAAACCUUACCACUGCGCAGAGUGUGGGGAAAACUUUCGGAGCAGCUCAAACUUUAUAAGACAUAAGAGAACCCACCGAGAAGACAAACCAUAUGAGUGCCUGGAAUGUGGCAAACGAUUUAUAACAAAACAUAAACUUAUUCGACAUGAGAGAGUCCACACUGGAGAGAAACCAUACUCUUGUUCAGAGUGCGAGAAGAGUUUCAGCGAAAAAUCAAGCCUCCGUCAACACAUGAGAGUCCACACAGGAGAGAAACCGUACGAAUGCUCCCUCUGCGGGAAGAGAUUCAGGCAGAGACCGCAUUUUGUUGAGCAUGAGAAAUUCCACCCUGGAAAGGAAUCCUAUGAGUGUUCAGAGUGUGGGAAAAGCUUCAACAAUUCCUUAAGCUUGCUGAGACAUCAGAAGAUCCACAUGGGUGAAACUCCCUACAAAUGCUUAGAAUGUGGGAAAAGCUUUGCCUCAAAGAGCGGUCAAGAGCAACAUCAAAGAAUCCACACAGGAGAGAAGCCAUAUCAGUGUCUGGAUUGUGGGAAGAAGUUCAGUUUCAAAGCAUCCCUGCAGGUACAUGAAAAAGGACACAUUGGAGAGAAGCCGUUUAAAUGCAUGGAGUGCGGCAAAUGCUAUAUUAAUAGUUCAGGCCUCAUAAGCCACCACAAAAUCCACAUGGGAGAGAAAGCAUCUAAAUCCUCAGAUGAGAGGGAAGGUUCCAGGAAGAGGACUGACCUGCCCCAAUAUGAGAGAGUCCACACACAGGAAAAACCUUUCCAGUGUGCACAGUGUGGGAAGACGUUUGCAAAGAAAGCAUAUUUGGCUGCACAUGGGAAAAUGCACAGAUGA